UGCGUAAUUGCAUUUUUCCGCACCGUUCUAAAAACAUUUGGUAACCAGGUUCCUAGGUAACGCAGACUGUUAUUUUCAAAUGUUUUUGUGCGGACAAAACUAAAAGUUAUCUAAAAAAUCAGCUUUACUUCAAAGCACAGCUAUUACGAUAGAAAACUGCGCGUGCAAAUAUCUAGUGGUUUAAGAAUGAGCGAUGUGGUGAUUCUCGUUUACAGAAUAGUAGCAGAUGCUAUCGUUUCGGUAGUAAAAAACGAAUUUAGACCGCAUAAUGGGAACAAACCAGUUAGGACGACCAUCGCUUUAACAAAUAAAAGAUUUGAUUCGAGUACAUAUGUUAUAAAUGGUUUAAAUUUGAGCACGCCCUAUUUUAAUUCUGAUGCAUCCGUCGUGAUCGAAGAAUUAAAAGAAAGCUCGAAGGAAGUCGACACGGAGGGGCACCUGAAUUUUCCUUCCUUGAUAAGAUGUCAAAAUUGUGAAACUAAUUUUCCGACGAAGUACCAAUACCAACGACAUCAGUGCCAGUUCAAUAUCGAGAAAACGGUUGUGAGAGAGUCCGCAGAUCGCGAAGGCUGCGAAAGCGUCAACAAUAAGCACGAUUGCGGUAUUUGCGGCAAAAGAUUCGUGACCAAGAGUAAUUUAGAACGCCACGUGGCCGCGCACGAAAACAUGACAUUGAAUUCGUGCGAGCAUUGCAAAAAGAGUUUUAUCAGUGAGAAUCGUUUGCGCAUACACCAAGAGAACCACUGCAAGAAAGGCGGCGACAUUUCCAAAUUUUACAGAAGCGACGUGACUGUUUGGAAAUGCACGAAAUGCCACGAGGUAUUUUCUUCGUUGGAGAUCGGAACUUACCACAGUUCCGCAUGUUCCGAGACAGUUUGCUUCGGACAAGAGUAUAAUGUCCAAUCGGGAAACAAGCACGUGGAAAAAAUACUGACGGAAAUACUGUUGCAGUGCGAAUUCUGUAACCGUACGUACUCGGACAAGAAUCUGCUUCUGAUGCACCAGAGGACACAUACGACCCAGAAGAACUACGAGUGCGUGAAUUGCUCCCGAAUAUUUGAUUCGUACGUGAGCGCGUCUACGCACUGGUUGAAAAAGUGCUCCGAAUUCGCUAAUUUGUUCUACCUACCGAAACUAACAUUUUGCGAAUACUGCAACAGAACGUUUAAGUCGCACGAAAUUCUCUACAGCCACAAGAUAAAGAAGAAGCACUAUACGCCCAAGUUGCAUUUGUCGGUGAAUAAUGGCUGCCAAAAUAAAGAAAAUAUUAAUUCAGCUAACAAGUGUGUUGACAAUAAGGAAAUCGUGAUUAAGCUAUUAGAAGACGUACUGAAAGAGUUGGAAAUUCCUACCGAAGUUGCCGACAAUAAUGGAGGAAAAAUUGAUAAUCUUACGAAAAUGCCUUUGGUAGAGGUGAAGCUAGAACCGACAAGCGAGACCAAUAGCGGUAAUACAACAUCCGAAAUACACGAAAGCAAAAAAGGCGAUCGUAAGCGGAAGAACCAGAGGAAUUUAGGAAAAUCGAACAAAAAAUUUUCAGCUGCCGUCGACGAGGGAUUCAAAUUUCAAUGCGAAAAGUGCAUCAAGGUAUUCAGUCGCGUUGCGGAUUUGGAAAAGCAUCGGAGCAACGAACACGCCGCUAAUUUCACUUGUGAAGAGUGUGGACAGACUUUGACCUCAAUGAAGGCGUUGCUGGUUCACAGUCGGGCUCACAAGAGUCUGAAGCCGUAUGUUUGCGACACAUGUGGCAGGAGUUACUCCCAAACGUCCCAUUUAUGGCAGCACAUGCGCUUCCAUCAAGGAAUAAAACCGUUUGCCUGCCCUCACGAAGGAUGCGAGGCUAGAUAUACCAUCCGACCGGACCUCAAAGACCACAUAAGAAAAGUACACACUAGGGAGCGACCUUUUAAAUGUAACGUUUGCAACAAGUGUUUCCUUACCGGCUCUGUCUACUACCAACAUCGACUGAUCCAUACCAAUGAUCGAAGAUACGGUUGCGACAUUUGCAAAAAGAGGUUUUUUAGAGCGGACGCUUUGAAUAACCAUAGAAGGAUCCACACGGAUGAGAGGCCGUAUCCUUGUAACGUGUGCGGCAGGGAAUUUAGACAGAAGGGUGAUAGAAAUAAGCACGCACGCACCCAACAUUUUAAAGUUAUGCAUCGUUAAUUGACUAUUUUAAUUGGUUUAUUGUUCAUUGUUUUCUGUGCUGGUUGUUAUGUAAUUUUAUAGUUUCAAGAGUAAUUUCUAAAGUGUAUUCCUUGGUAACUAAUAAAGAGUUAUGGAGCUGUU